AUGACACAUGAGGAGAGUCCACAGGAGGAGAGUCCACAGGAGGAGAGUCCACUGGAGGAGAGUCCACAGGAGGAGAGUCCACUGGAGGAGAGUCCACUGGAGGAGCGUCCACAGGAGGAGAGUCCACUGGAGGAGAGUCCACUGGAGGAGCGUCCACAGGAGGAGAGUCCACUGGAGGAGAGUCCACAGGAGGAGAGUCCACAGGAGGAGAGUCCACAGGAGGAGAGUCCACAGGAGGAGAGUCCACAGGAGGAGAGUCCACAGGAGGAGAGUCCACUGGAGGAGAGUCCACAGGAGGAGAGUCCACUGGAGGAGAGUCCACUGGAGGAGAGUCCACUGGAGGAGAGUCCACAGGAGGAGAGUCCACUGGAGGAGAGGAGGAGAGUCCACUGGAGGAGAGUCCACAGGAGGAGAGUCCACUGGAGGAGAGUCCACUGGAGGAGAGGAGGAGAGUCCACAGGAGGAGAGUCCACAGGAGGAGAGUCCACUGGAGGAGAGGAGGAGAGUCCACUGGAGGAGAGUCCACAGGAGGAGAGUCCACAGGAGGAGAGUCCACAGGAGGAGAGUCCACAGGAGGAGAGUCCACUGGAGGAGAGGAGGAGAGUCCACUGGAGGAGAGGAGGAGAGUCCACUGGAGGAGAGUCCACAGGAGGAGAGUCCACAGGAGGAGAGUCCACUGGAGGAGGAGGAGAGUCCACUGGAGGAGAGUCCACAGGAGGAGAGUCCACAGGAGGAGAGUCCACUGGAGGAGAGUCCACUGGAGGAGCGUCCACAGGAGAAGAGUCCACAGGAGGAGAGUCCACAGGAGGAGAGUCCACAGGAGGAGAGUCCACAGGAGGAGAGUCCACAGGAGGAGAGUCCACUGGAGGAGAGGAGGAGCGUCCACAGGAGGAGAGUCCACAGGAGGAGAGUCCACAGGAGGAGAGUCCACAGGAGGAGAGUCCACUGGAGAGAGGAGGAGUCCACAGGAGGAGAGUCCACAGGAGGAGAGUCCACUGGAGGAGAGUCCACUGGAGGAGCGUCCACAGGAGGAGAGUCCACUGGAGGAGAGUCCACAGGAGGAGAGUCCACAGGAGGAGAGUCCACUGGAGGAGAGGAGGAGCGUCCACAGGAGGAGAGUCCACAGGAGGAGAGUCCACAGGAGGAGAGUCCACUGGAGGAGGAGAGUCCACAGGAGGAGAGUCCACUGGAGGAGAGUCCACAGGAGGAGAGUCCACAGGAGGAGAGUCCACAGGAGGAGAGUCCACUGGAGGAGCGUCCACAGGAGAAGAGUCCACUGGAGGAGAGGAGGAGAGUCCACAGGAGGAGAGUCCACAGGAGAAGAGUCCACUGGAGGAGAGGAGGAGAGUCCACUGGAGGAGAGUCCACAGGAGGAGCGUCCACAGGAGGAGAGUCCACAGGAGGAGAGUCCACAGGAGGAGAGUCCACUGGAGGAGAGUCCACAGGAGGAGAGGAGGAGAGUCCACAGGAGGAGAGAGGAGAGUCCACAGGAGGAGAGUCCACAGGAGGAGAGUCCACUGGAGGAGAGGAGGAGAGUCCACAGGAGGAGAGUCCACUGGAGGAGAGGAGGAGAGUCCACCAGGAGGAGAGUCCACUGGAGGAGAGGAGGAGAGUCCACAGGAGGAGAGGAGGAGAGUCCACAGGAGGAGAGUCCACAGGAGGAGAGUCCACUGGAGGAGAGGAGGAGAGUCCACUGGAGGAGAGUCCACUGGAGGAGCGUCCACAGGAGGAGAGGAGGAGAGUCCACAGGAGGAGAGUCCACAGGAGGAGAGUCCACUGGAGGAGCGUCCACAGGAGGAGAGUCCACAGGAGGAGAGUCCACAGGAGGAGAGUCCACAGGAGGAGAGUCCACAGGAGGAGAGUCCACAGGAGGAGAGUCCACAGGAGGAGAGGAGGAGAGUCCACUGGAGGAGAGUCCACUGGAGGAGCGUCCACAGGAGGAGAGGAGGAGAGUCCACAGGAGGAGAGUCCACAGGAGGAGAGUCCACUGGAGGAGAGGAGGAGAGUCCACUGGAGGAGAGUCCACAGGAGGAGAGUCCACUGGAGGAGCGUCCACAGGAGGAGAGUCCACAGGAGGAGAGUCCACAGGAGGAGAGUCCACUGGAGGAGAGGAGGAGAGUCCACAGGAGGAGAGUCCACUGGAGGAGAGUCCACUGGAGGAGAGUCCACUGGAGGAGAGUCCACAGGAGGAGAGUCCACAGGAGGAGAGGAGGAGAGUCCACAGGAGGAGAGUCCACAGGAGGAGAGUCCACAGGAGGAGAGUCCACUGGAGGAGAGUCCACAGGAGGAGAGUCCACUGGAGGAGAGUCCACAGGAGGAGAGUCCACAGGAGGAGAGUCCACAGGAGGAGAGUCCACAGGAGGAGAGUCCACUGGAGGAGAGGAGGAGAGUCCACUGGAGGAGAGGAGGAGAGUCCACAGGAGGAGAGUCCACAGGAGGAGAGUCCACAGGAGGAGAGUCCACAGGAGGAGAGUCCACAGGAGGAGAGUCCACUGGAGGAGAGGAGGAGAGUCCACUGGAGGAGAGGAGGAGAGUCCACUGGAGGAGAGUCCACUGGAGGAGAGGAGGAGAGUCCACUGGAGGAGAGUCCACAGGAGGAGAGUCCACAGGAGGAGAGUCCACUGGAGGAGAGUCCACAGGAGGAGAGUCCACAGGAGGAGAGUCCACAGGAGGAGAGUCCACAGGAGGAGAGUCCACAGGAGGAGAGUCCACAGGAGGAGAGUCCACUGGAGGAGAGGAGGAGAGUCCACUGGAGGAGAGUCCACAGGAGGAGAGUCCACUGGAGGAGAGUCCACUGGAGGAGAGGAGGAGAGUCCACAGGAGGAGAGUCCACAGGAGGAGAGUCCACUGGAGGAGAGGAGGAGAGUCCACUGGAGGAGAGUCCACAGGAGGAGAGUCCACUGGAGGAGAGGAGGAGAGUCCACUGGAGGAGAGGAGGAGAGUCCACUGGAGGAGAGUCCACAGGAGGAGAGUCCACAGGAGGAGAGUCCACUGGAGGAGAGUCCACAGGAGGAGAGUCCACUGGAGGAGAGGAGGAGAGUCCACUGGAGGAGAGGAGGAGAGUCCACUGGAGGAGAGUCCACUGGAGGAGAGUCCACUGGAGGAGAGUCCACUGGAGGAGAGGAGGAGAGUCCACUGGAGGAGAGUCCACUGGAGGAGAGUCCACUGGAGGAGAGUCCACAGGAGGAGAGUCCACAGGAGGAGAGUCCACUGGAGGAGAGUCCACUGGAGGAGCGUCCACAGGAGAAGAGUCCACAGGAGAAGAGUCCACUGGAGGAGAGGAGGAGAGUCCACUGGAGGAGAGGAGGAGAGUCCACUGGAGGAGCGUCCACAGGAGGAGAGUCCACAGGAGGAGAGUCCACAGGAGGAGAGGAGGAGAGUCCACAGGAGGAGAGGAGGAGAGUCCACUGGAGGAGCGUCCACAGGAGGAGCGUCCACAGGAGGAGAGUCCACAGGAGGAGAGUCCACAGGAGGAGAGUCCACUGGAGGAGAGUCCACAGGAGGAGAGGAGGAGAGUCCACAGGAGGAGAGUCCACUGGAGGAGAGGAGGAGAGUCCACAGGAGGAGAGGAGGAGAGUCCACAGGAGGAGAGUCCACAGGAGGAGAGUCCACUGGAGGAGAGGAGGAGAGUCCACUGGAGGAGAGUCCACUGGAGGAGCGUCCACAGGAGGAGAGUCCACAGGAGGAGAGUCCACAGGAGGAGAGUCCACAGGAGGAGAGUCCACAGGAGGAGAGUCCACAGGAGGAGAGGAGGAGAGUCCACUGGAGGAGAGUCCACUGGAGGAGCGUCCACAGGAGGAGAGGAGGAGAGUCCACAGGAGGAGAGUCCACAGGAGGAGAGUCCACUGGAGGAGAGUCCACAGGAGGAGAGUCCACUGGAGGAGAGGAGGAGAGUCCACUGGAGGAGAGUCCACAGGAGGAGAGUCCACUGGAGGAGCGUCCACAGGAGGAGAGUCCACUGGAGGAGCGUCCACAGGAGGAGAGUCCACAGGAGGAGAGUCCACAGGAGGAGAGUCCACUGGAGGAGAGUCCACAGGAGGAGAGGAGGAGAGUCCACAGGAGGAGAGGAGGAGAGUCCACAGGAGGAGAGUCCACAGGAGGAGAGUCCACUGGAGGAGAGUCCACAGGAGGAGAGUCCACAGGAGGAGAGUCCACAGGAGGAGAGGAGGAGAGUCCACAGGAGGAGAGGAGGAGAGUCCACAGGAGGAGAGUCCACAGGAGGAGAGUCCACUGGAGGAGAGUCCACUGGAGGAGAGGAGGAGAGUCCACAGGAGGAGAGGAGGAGAGUCCACAGGAGGAGAGUCCACAGGAGGAGAGUCCACUGGAGGAGAGUCCACAGGAGGAGAGUCCACAGGAGGAGAGUCCACUGGAGGAGAGUCCACAGGAGGAGAGUCCACAGGAGGAGAGUCCACUGGAGGAGAGUCCACUGGAGGAGAGUCCACAGGAGGAGAGUCCACUGGAGGAGAGGAGGAGAGUCCACAGGAGGAGAGUCCACAGGAGGAGAGUCCACAGGAGGAGAGUCCACAGGAGGAGAGUCCACAGGAGGAGAGUCCACUGGAGGAGAGUCCACUGGAGGAGAGUCCACUGGAGGAGAGUCCACAGGAGGAGAGUCCACUGGAGGAGAGUCCACAGGAGGAGAGUCCACUGGAGGAGAGUCCACUGGAGGAGAGUCCACAGGAGGAGAGGAGGAGAGUCCACUGGAGGAGAGUCCACUGGAGGAGAGGAGGAGAGUCCACUGGAGGAGAGUCCACUGGAGGAGAGUCCACAGGAGGAGAGUCCACAGGAGGAGAGUCCACAGGAGGAGAGUCCACAGGAGGAGAGUCCACAGGAGGAGAGUCCACUGGAGGAGAGGAGGAGAGUCCACUGGAGGAGAGUCCACAGGAGGAGAGUCCACUGGAGGAGAGGAGGAGAGUCCACUGGAGGAGAGUCCACAGGAGGAGAGUCCACUGGAGGAGAGUCCACUGGAGGAGAGGAGGAGAGUCCACAGGAGGAGAGUCCACAGGAGGAGAGUCCACUGGAGGAGAGUCCACAGGAGGAGAGUCCACUGGAGGAGAGGAGGAGAGUCCACUGGAGGAGAGGAGGAGAGUCCACUGGAGGAGAGUCCACAGGAGGAGAGUCCACAGGAGGAGAGUCCACUGGAGGAGAGGAGGAGAGUCCACUGGAGGAGAGGAGGAGAGUCCACUGGAGGAGAGUCCACUGGAGGAGAGUCCACAGGAGGAGAGUCCACUGGAGGAGAGUCCACUGGAGGAGAGUCCACAGGAGGAGAGUCCACAGGAGGAGAGUCCACAGGAGGAGAGUCCACAGGAGGAGAGUCCACUGGAGGAGCGUCCACAGGAGAAGAGUCCACUGGAGGAGAGGAGGAGAGUCCACUGGAGGAGCGUCCACAGGAGGAGAGUCCACAGGAGGAGAGUCCACAGGAGGAGAGUCCACUGGAGGAGAGGAGGAGAGUCCACUGGAGGAGAGGAGGAGAGUCCACUGGAGGAGAGUCCACUGGAGGAGAGUCCACAGGAGGAGAGUCCACUGGAGGAGAGUCCACUGGAGGAGAGUCCACAGGAGGAGAGUCCACAGGAGGAGAGUCCACAGGAGGAGAGUCCACAGGAGGAGAGUCCACUGGAGGAGCGUCCACAGGAGAAGAGUCCACUGGAGGAGAGGAGGAGAGUCCACUGGAGGAGCGUCCACAGGAGGAGAGUCCACAGGAGAAGAGUCCACUGGAGGAGAGGAGGAGAGUCCACUGGAGGAGCGUCCACAGGAGGAGCGUCCACAGGAGGAGAGUCCACAGGAGGAGAGUCCACAGGAGGAGAGUCCACUGGAGGAGAGUCCACAGGAGGAGAGGAGGAGAGUCCACAGGAGGAGAGUCCACUGGAGGAGAGGAGGAGAGUCCACAGGAGGAGAGGAGGAGAGUCCACAGGAGGAGAGUCCACAGGAGGAGAGUCCACUGGAGGAGAGGAGGAGAGUCCACUGGAGGAGAGUCCACUGGAGGAGCGUCCACAGGAGGAGAGGAGGAGAGUCCACUGGAGGAGAGGAGGAGAGUCCACUGGAGGAGAGGAGGAGAGUCCACUGGAGGAGAGUCCACUGGAGGAGCGUCCACAGGAGGAGAGUCCACAGGAGGAGAGUCCACAGGAGGAGAGUCCACAGGAGGAGAGUCCACUGGAGGAGAGGAGGAGAGUCCACUGGAGGAGAGUCCACUGGAGGAGCGUCCACAGGAGGAGAGGAGGAGAGUCCACAGGAGGAGAGUCCACAGGAGGAGAGUCCACUGGAGGAGAGGAGGAGAGUCCACUGGAGGAGAGUCCACAGGAGGAGAGUCCACAGGAGGAGAGUCCACUGGAGGAGAGUCCACAGGAGGAGAGUCCACUGGAGGAGAGGAGGAGAGUCCACUGGAGGAGAGUCCACAGGAGGAGAGUCCACUGGAGGAGCGUCCACAGGAGGAGAGUCCACAGGAGGAGAGUCCACAGGAGGAGAGUCCACAGGAGGAGAGUCCACAGGAGGAGAGGGGAGGAGAGUCCACUGGAGGAGAGUCCACUGGAGGAGGUCCACAGGAGGAGAGAGUCCACAGGAGGAGAGUCCACAGGAGGAGAGUCCACUGGAGGAGAGUCCACAGGAGGAGAGUCCACAGGAGGAGAGUCCACUGGAGGAGAGGAGGAGAGUCCACAGGAGGAGAGUCCACAGGAGGAGAGUCCACAGGAGGAGGUCCACAGGAGGAGAGGAGGAGAGUCCACAGGAGGAGAGUCCACAGGAGGAGAGUCCACAGGAGGAGAGUCCACAGGAGGAGAGUCCACAGGAGGAGAGUCCACAGGAGGAGAGAGGAGAGGAGUCCACGGAGGAGAGUCCACAGGAGGAGAGUCCACUGGAGGAGAGUCCACGGAGGAGAGUCCACAGGAGGAGAGUCCACAGGAGGAGAGUCCACUGGAGGAGAGUCCACAGGAGGAGAGUCCACAGGAGGAGAGGAGGAGAGUCCACAGGAGGAGAGUCCACAGGAGGAGAGUCCACAGGAGGAGAGUCCACAGGAGGAGAGGAGGGAGUCCACAGGAGGAGAGUCCACAGGAGGAGAGUCCACAGGAGGAGAGGAGGAGAGUCCACUGGAGGAGAGUCCACUGGAGGAGAGUCCACAGGAGGAGAGGAGGAGAGUCCACUGGAGGAGAGGGAGGAGAGUCCACGGAGGAGAGGGAGGAGAGUCCACUGGAGGAGAGUCCACAGGAGGAGAGUCCACAGGAGGAGAGUCCACAGGAGGAGAGUCCACAGGAGGAGAGUCCACAGGAGGAGAGUCCACAGGAGGAGAGGAGGAGAGUCCACUGGAGGAGAGUCCACAGGAGGAGAGUCCACAGGAGGAGAGGAGGAGAUCCACGGAGGAGAGUCCACAGGAGGAGAGUCCACAGGAGGAGAGAGGAGGAGAGCCACGGAGGUCCACAGGAGGAGAGUCCACAGGAGGAGAGUCCACAGGAGGAGAGACCACAGGAGGAGAGACCACAGGAGGAGAGUCCACAGGAGGAGAGUCCACUGGAGGAGAGUCCACAGGAGGAGAGUCCACAGGAGGAGAGUCCACAGGAGGAGAGUCCACAGGAGGAGAGUCCACAGGAGGAGAGACCACAGGAGGAGAGUCCACAGGAGGAGAGUCCACAGGAGGAGAGACCACAGGAGGAGAGUCCACAGGAGGAGAGUCCACAGGAGGAGAGUCCACAGGAGGAGAGUCCACAGGAGGAGAGUCCACAGGAGGAGAGUCCACAGGAGGAGAGUCCACAGGAGGGAGAGGAGAGUCCACAGGAGGAGAGUCCACAGGAGGAGAGUCCACAGGAGGAGGGAGGAGAGUCCACAGAGGAGAGAGUCCACAGGAGGAGAGUCCACAGGAGGAGAGUAGGAGAGAGUCCACAGGAGGAGAGUCCACUGGAGGAGAGUCCACAGGAGGAGAGUCCACUGGAGGAGAGUCCACAGGAGGAGAGUCCACAGGAGGAGAGUCCACUGGAGGAGAGUCCACUGGAGGAGAGUCCACAGGAGGAGAGGAGGAGAGUCCACAGGAGGAGAGUCCACAGGAGGAGAGUCCACUGGAGGAGAGUCCACAGGAGGAGAGUCCACAGGAGGAGAGUCCACUGGAGGAGAGGAGGAGAGUCCACUGGAGGAGAGUCCACUGGAGGAGAGUCCACUGGAGGAGAGGAGGAGAGUCCACUGGAGGAGAGUCCACAGGAGGAGAGUCCACUGGAGGAGAGUCCACAGGAGGAGAGUCCACAGGAGGAGAGGAGGAGAGUCCACAGGAGGAGAGUCCACAGGAGGAGAGUCCACAGGAGGAGAGUCCACAGGAGGAGAGUCCACAGGAGGAGAGUCCACUGGAGGAGAGUCCACAGGAGGAGAGGAGGAGAGUCCACAGGAGGAGAGUCCACAGGAGGAGAGUCCACUGGAGGAGAGUCCACAGGAGGAGAGUCCACUGGAGGAGAGGAGGAGAGUCCACUGGAGGAGCGUCCACAGGAGGAGAGUCCACUGGAGGAGAGUCCACUGGAGGAGCGUCCACAGGAGGAGAGUCCACUGGAGGAGAGUCCACAGGAGGAGAGUCCACAGGAGGAGAGUCCACAGGAGGAGAGUCCACAGGAGGAGAGUCCACAGGAGGAGAGUCCACAGGAGGAGAGUCCACUGGAGGAGAGUCCACUGGAGGAGAGUCCACAGGAGGAGAGUCCACUGGAGGAGAGGAGGAGAGUCCACUGGAGGAGAGUCCACUGGAGGAGCGUCCACAGGAGGAGAGUCCACAGGAGGAGAGUCCACAGGAGGAGAGUCCACUGGAGGAGAGGAGGAGAGUCCACUGGAGGAGAGGAGGAGAGUCCACAGGAGGAGAGUCCACAGGAGGAGAGUCCACAGGAGGAGAGUCCACAGGAGGAGAGUCCACAGGAGGAGAGUCCACUGGAGGAGAGGAGGAGAGUCCACUGGAGGAGAGGAGGAGAGUCCACUGGAGGAGAGUCCACUGGAGGAGAGGAGGAGAGUCCACAGGAGGAGAGUCCACAGGAGGAGAGUCCACUGGAGGAGAGGAGGAGAGUCCACUGGAGGAGAGUCCACUGGAGGAGAGUCCACUGGAGGAGAGUCCACAGGAGGAGAGUCCACUGGAGGAGAGGAGGAGAGUCCACUGGAGGAGAGUCCACAGGAGGAGAGUCCACUGGAGGAGAGGAGGAGAGUCCACUGGAGGAGAGUCCACAGGAGGAGAGUCCACUGGAGGAGAGGAGGAGAGUCCACUGGAGGAGAGUCCACAGGAGGAGAGUCCACUGGAGGAGAGGAGGAGAGUCCACUGGAGGAGAGGAGGAGAGUCCACUGGAGGAGAGUCCACAGGAGGAGAGUCCACAGGAGGAGAGUCCACUGGAGGAGAGGAGGAGAGUCCACUGGAGGAGAGGAGGAGAGUCCACUGGAGGAGAGUCCACUGGAGGAGAGUCCACUGGAGGAGAGUCCACUGGAGGAGAGUCCACAGGAGGAGAGUCCACAGGAGGAGAGUCCACAGGAGGAGAGUCCACAGGAGGAGAGUCCACUGGAGGAGCGUCCACAGGAGAAGAGUCCACUGGAGGAGAGGAGGAGAGUCCACUGGAGGAGCGUCCACAGGAGGAGAGUCCACAGGAGAAGAGUCCACUGGAGGAGAGGAGGAGAGUCCACUGGAGGAGCGUCCACAGGAGGAGCGUCCACAGGAGGAGAGUCCACAGGAGGAGAGUCCACAGGAGGAGAGUCCACUGGAGGAGAGUCCACAGGAGGAGAGGAGGAGAGUCCACAGGAGGAGAGUCCACUGGAGGAGAGGAGGAGAGUCCACAGGAGGAGAGGAGGAGAGUCCACAGGAGGAGAGUCCACAGGAGGAGAGUCCACUGGAGGAGAGGAGGAGAGUCCACUGGAGGAGAGUCCACUGGAGGAGCGUCCACAGGAGGAGAGUCCACAGGAGGAGAGUCCACAGGAGGAGAGUCCACAGGAGGAGAGUCCACAGGAGGAGAGGAGGAGAGUCCACUGGAGGAGAGUCCACUGGAGGAGCGUCCACAGGAGGAGGGAGGAGAGAGUCCACAGGAGGAGAGUCCACAGGAGGAGAGUCCACUGGAGGAGAGUCCACAGGAGGAGAGUCCACUGGAGGAGAGGAGGAGAGUCCACUGGAGGAGAGUCCACAGGAGGAGAGUCCACUGGAGGAGCGUCCACAGGAGGAGAGUCCACAGGAGGAGAGUCCACUGGAGGAGAGUCCACAGGAGGAGAGUCCACUGGAGGAGAGGAGGAGAGUCCACUGGAGGAGAGUCCACAGGAGGAGAGUCCACUGGAGGAGAGUCCACUGGAGGAGAGUCCACAGGAGGAGAGUCCACUGGAGGAGCGUCCACAGGAGGAGAGUCCACAGGAGGAGAGUCCACAGGAGGAGAGUCCACUGGAGGAGAGGAGGAGAGUCCACAGGAGGAGAGUCCACAGGAGGAGAGUCCACUGGAGGAGAGUCCACAGGAGGAGAGUCCACAGGAGGAGAGUCCACUGGAGGAGCGUCCACUGGAGGAGAGGAGGAGAGUCCACUGGAGGAGAGUCCACUGGAGGAGAGUCCACAGGAGGAGAGGAGGAGAGUCCACAGGAGGAGAGGAGGAGAGUCCACAGGAGGAGAGUCCACAGGAGGAGAGUCCACUGGAGGAGAGUCCACAGGAGGAGAGUCCACAGGAGGAGAGUCCACAGGAGGAGAGUCCACUGGAGGAGAGUCCACUGGAGGAGAGUCCACAGGAGGAGAGGAGGAGAGUCCACAGGAGGAGAGGAGGAGAGUCCACAGGAGGAGAGAGUCCACAGGAGGAGAGUCCACAGGAGGAGAGUCCACUGGAGGAGAGUCCACUGGAGGAGAGUCCACUGGAGGAGAGGAGGAGAGUCCACAGGAGGAGAGGAGGAGAGUCCACAGGAGGAGAGUCCACAGGAGGAGAGUCCACUGGAGGAGAGUCCACUGGAGGAGAGUCCACAGGAGGAGAGGAGGAGAGUCCACAGGAGGAGAGUCCACUGGAGGAGAGGAGGAGAGUCCACUGGAGGAGAGGAGGAGAGUCCACAGGAGGAGAGUCCACAGGAGGAGAGUCCACUGGAGGAGAGUCCACAGGAGGAGAGUCCACUGGAGGAGAGUCCACUGGAGGAGAGUCCACAGGAGGAGAGUCCACUGGAGGAGAGGAGGAGAGUCCACAGGAGGAGAGGAGGAGAGUCCACAGGAGGAGAGUCCACAGGAGGAGAGUCCACUGGAGGAGAGGAGGAGAGUCCACAGGAGGAGAGUCCACAGGAGGAGAGUCCACUGGAGGAGAGUCCACUGGAGGAGAGUCCACAGGAGGAGAGUCCACUGGAGGAGAGAGGAGGAGAGUCCACUGGAGGAGAGUCCACUGGAGGAGAGGAGGAGAGUCCACUGGAGGAGAGUCCACUGGAGGAGAGGAGGAGAGUCCACUCCAGGAGGAGAGUCCACUGGAGGAGAGUCCACUGGAGGAGAGUCCACAGGAGGAGAGUCCACAGGAGGAGAGUCCACAGGAGGAGAGUCCACUGGAGGAGAGUCCACUGGAGGAGAGUCCACUGGAGGAGAGGAGGAGAGUCCACAGGAGGAGAGGAGGAGAGUCCACAGGAGGAGAGUCCACAGGAGGAGAGUCCACAGGAGGAGAGUCCACAGGAGGAGAGUCCACAGGAGGAGAGUCCACUGGAGGAGAGUCCACAGGUCCUCGUCACGGUCCUCCUCGUCACGAUCUUCCUCGUUAUGGUCUUCCUCGUCACGGUCCUCCUCGUCACGGUCCUCCUCGUUAUGGUCCUCCUCGUCACGGUCCUCCUCGUUACGGUCCUCCUCACGGUCCUCCUCACGGCCCUCCUCGUUAUGGUCCUCCUCACGGUCCUCCUCGUUAUGGUUCUCCUCACGGUCCUUCUCGUUAUGGUCCUCCUCACGGUCCUCCUCGUUAUGGUUCUCCUCACGGUCCUUCUCGUUAUGGUCCUCCUCACGAUCCUCCUCGUUAUGGUCCUCCUCACGGUCCUCCUCGUUAUGGUCCUCCUCACGAUCCUCCUCGUUAUGGUCCUCCUCACGGUCCUCCUCGUUAUGGUUCUCCUCACGGUCCUUCUCGUUAUGGUCCUCCUCACGGUCCUCCUCGUUAUGGUUCUCCUCACGGUCCUCCUCGUUAUGGUCCUCCUCACGAUCCUCCUCGUUAUGGUCCUCCUCACGAUCCUCCUCGUUAUGGUCCUCCUCACGAUCCUCCUCGUUAUGGUCCUCCUCACGGUCCUCCUCGUUAUGGUCCUCCUCACGGUCCUCCUCGUUAUGGUCCUCCUCACGGUCCUCCUCGUUAUGGUCCUCCUCACGGUCCUCCUCGUUAUGGUCCUCCUCACGGUCCUCCUCGUUAUGGUCCUCCUCACGGUCCUCCUCGUUAUGGUCCUCCUCACGGUCCUCCUCGUCAUGGUCCUCCUCACGGUCCUCCUCGUCCACUGUGA